AUGGCUUCUGUCUCACCGUGGAAUUCUAAAAUUCCGGGAAAUCGUCGCCUUUCCGACGAUAAGGACAGUGUUGUAAUGUCGUCGUCGUGGAGUCGAUCAGUAGGAGAGAAAUCGAGUGAUGGACUAUCAGUGAAUAGUAAUAUAAACAUUGACAGUUCAAAUAGUCAGGAUUUUAAUAAUAGUAAUAAAAAUAUAGUAAAUCAUCGUAAUUUCAAUGGAAAUAGUGAAACAGACGCAGUGGAUAAACACAAUCUUGUGUCCAUUACUGAAAACCCUUUCUUUAAAUCGUAUGGGAAAAUUCGAGCACCUCAUACUCGUAAUGAAUAUCGAGCUGAAAGAGAGCGAAAUCAUACUGAUAGCUCUCCGUUAUCGCCGAAAGUUUUCAGCGACAAUAUUUCAACGUCGAAUUCUCUUCAACAAGAAGAUGAAGAAGAGGUGGAAUAUCAUCCAGGUUCCGGGUUCGUGACAAAAUUAUUAGGAAAGUUUAAAAUGAAAUACGAAAAGGAAGAACGUGCCUAUUCUCAACCAGUGCCAAUUAAACGAUCUUCGAGUUUAGAAAAUAUUCUGGACAAUCAGCCAGUAGCGUCUUCGGUAAAACUGAUGAGAAGUGUAAAAAAUGACCAUGUUUCGUCUGUGAUAGGACAGAGUAAUCUUAAUUACCGGACAAAAAGUGUGGAACAUAUAAACUCUACAAAUAAACCAGUGCCUGGAAAACGAGCGCCAGACGUCAAACUAGCUAGGAAAGAUAUCGUAAUUAUAGAAUCUUCAAAAUCAGGGAAAGUUUCUCCCACGCCAACUCAACCUACUAACCAUAUUCGUUCUGGAAGUGUAUCUCCAACAAUUUCAACUACAACAUUACGAGAUGAAACCCCUGAAGUUGACGAACUUCCUAAACCAAACACAGUCACGAACACUAGACAUUUAUUUGAAUCUACUCCUCGUAGUGGGUCAAAAAGUCGUGCAGCGCCCGCUCCUCCGCGGCCAUCUAGCUCAGCUGGUACCAGAAUUUCAACAGUUGCACCAACUAAAAAUAUUUCAGCUCCCAUCACCACCUCAGCACAUUCAAACAAACCAAAUCAUUCUCAAAAACCAAAAGAUGUCGUCAGCACCAAAUCAACAACAGACGCACCGUUGCCAAGAAGUACCUUACCACCCGUUACCAACAGAAAUAAAAAACCCAGUCCAGUUGUUACUGUGGCACCUUAUAAACCAAAAUCAGAUGAGAAUUAUUCCACAACAACUUCUGCUACCAUUCCGUUACCUCAGAAACCAUUGACAACACCUCGAAAUGGGGACAUGUCUACUGACAAGAAACCAUUACAACCCACAACCAACCAAAAUUUCAUCUCAACGCCUAGGGAUAUCAAGGACGAAAAAGUUCAUCAAGAAACAAAAUCGGAAAAAAUCAUAGAAAAGCCAGAUAUAAAAUCGGAAGUGAAAACUCAAAAAGACUCAGUGAAAAUCUCGGAAGAGAUCAUUCUGAAAAAAUCAGAGGACAAAAUUGUUACGAAGAAUCAAAUUAAAAAUACAAAUAUUUCUGAAAUGAAAGUUAUUGAGGACAAAGUUGAUAAAAGUGACUCUCAAUCUGAACCUGUUAAAGGUAUUCCUACCAUUAUUGCUCAACGAAUGAAAAAGGAAACGAGUCCAGAUUCCGUUGUAACCAAUGGCAGCCAAGUUUCUAGUCAGUCCUCAAAAUCAGAACUUUACAACUCAGGUUCUAAUGAUAUUUCCUCGAAAAAACGUCAAGCUCCUGCCAUCCCUAAAUCUGGUGUUAUAACUAUGGAAACUAAAAAAGAAGUUCCUGAAAAGGAAGAAAUAUCCCCAAGACAAAAUUUACAUCACGCUCAAAAGAAGAGUCAAGAUAUUGGGGGUCCAGCUAUGGUUUUUGAUAGCAGUAUGGUAGCUAAGAAGAAACGCAAGCCCAAUUAUUCCACCACUACGAAUAAUGUGGGCGUUCCUAAACUGGAUUUAACUGGAAUAAACGAUAAUGUUGGUCGUCAUGGUUAUCAAGAAGGAUAUAAACCAACAGAAAUUAAGCCGUGUAAAAUUAUAUUUAUUGGUGCACUGGUAGAUUUGGGAAGAUCUUUACUGAAGAAGGAUGGACAAUCUUCUACUAAGACACUCUAA